AUGGGGGGAGCCGUGAGCGCCGGGGAGGACAACGACGAUCUCAUCGACAACCUGAAGGAGGCACAGUACAUUCGCACGGAGCGAGUGGAACAGGCUUUUCGUGCCAUUGAUCGCGGCAACUACUAUCUGGACGGUUACCGGGACAGCGCCUACAAAGACUUGGCAUGGAAACACGGCAACAUCCACCUGUCAGCACCAUGCAUUUACUCUGAGGUGAUGGAGGCGCUCAAGUUGCAGCCGGGACUUUCCUUCCUCAACCUGGGCAGUGGGACAGGCUACCUGAGCACCAUGGUUGGCCUCAUCAUUGGUCCAUUUGGUGUGAACCAUGGUGUGGAGCUCCACAAGGAUGUGGUGGAAUAUGCCAGAGACAAGCUGGAUAGUUUCAUAAAGACCAGCGACAGCUUUGAUAAGUUUGAGUUCUGUGAGCCUGUCUUUGUGGUGGGAGAUUGCCUUGAAAUCUCUACAGAUAGCCACCAGUAUGAUCGCAUUUACUGCGGCGCUGGGGUGCAGAAAGACCAUGAAUAUUAUAUGAAAGAACUGCUCAAAGUCGGGGGUAUCCUGGUGCUGCCUAUCGAGGAUCAGCUGACACAGAUCACCAGGAUGGGCCAGUGCAUGUGGGAAAGCAAAAACAUCUUAGCCGUGUCCUUUGCACCUCUGGUCCAGCAGAGCAGAGCUGAAGGCGACAAGCCAGACAGUGUACAAUUGCCCCCCGUGACAGUGCGCACCCUCCAAGACCUGUGCCGCAUCUACAUCCGCCGCACCCUCCGUGAGCUGGCGGGCAGCGGCGAGGAAGACAGUCAGGCCCGACGCACAGGAGCACAACGAGUGCCUCAAAAGCGAAAGCGGCGACACUGCCGGCGGCGCCGCAUCAACACGUACGUCUUUGUGGGCAACCAGCUCAUCCCGCAGAUGGUGGAAAGCGAGGAGGAGCACGCCGACGAGGAGCACAAGGAGGCCGACGCCGACGAGGAGGAGGACAAGGAGGAGAGAGACCUCGGCGACGUUGAGAUCCUCAAGCAGGCCAAUUUGUUUAGAGACCAGAUCCUGGCUCUGCCCCUGCCCGAGUCUCUCAAGGAAUAUUUACUGUACUACAGAAAAAAGUGA